AUGGCGCCGAGCGUCGCGUCGGCCGGACUUACACUUUCCUGCCCUCUCUUCGCGGCCGACUUUGAUCCUCAGAACAGCAGCUGCUUGCUCGUCGGUGGCGGCGGCGGAGAGAGCAGAACUGGCGUUGGGAAUAAAAUCGUGCUUCUGGACACGUCGAAACGCAGCGAAAUAUCCGCAGUAACCGACAUCGAAUUAUCGCGCGAUGAAGAUUCUGUGACAUCUCUCGCAGCAGCGCUUCCCGGUGAUAAUUCUAUCGUCGCCCUGGCCGGUAUCAACAGCUCCUCCGCUGAACAACAGCGCGGCAACAACCAGCACUUCAGGUCGUUUCAAGUCGAUUAUCCGUCGUCCAAGCCCACCGCUACAGACGCAGAAGCAGAGGCAGAGGCAGUGGAAGUCGAAAGGGAGCUAAUACCAGGCAAGAUUUCUGCGCUAUCGCACAGGUCUUUAUUCAGGGCCAGGAACGAAGAUGUCUACCAGAGGAUACUACGGAUGUCACCAUGGAAAGGACCAGACUCACCUCGAGUCGGCGCCAUUGCAUCUGGACUGGCGCAAUCUGGUGAAAUAGUCUUUUUCAAUGCUAUGUCGAAGCCCACGGAAUCAGACGUUAUCGGAAGAAUUAAUCUGGGCGCGGACUCUGAGGCCGAGGAUGUGGAUAUUAUAGACGUGGACAAUGGGAAAUUCAGAGUGGCAUAUACAAACGGCGUUGAGGUGUGUACUUGCGAAAUAUUCUCAGAAACAAGAUCCGAUGUCGCACCGGAAGUCGCCUCCGUCUACAGCAUACCUCAGCCCGACAAGAGAAAGUCCAGACCUAAGUUCCGGGCUCUGCGCUUCAUCUCAGCGACGGCAUUGGUACUGCUCCAGAACGCGCCGGAUCGCUCUGGAUGCCAACUCUUCCUACUACAGAUAUCAGAAUUAAACAGGAAGUCUGCAACCGUCAUCCGGUGCAGGAAGCUCCACAGAACAAUGAAGAUCGGACUGGGCCUUGACGUAUGCAAUCUCGGGGGAAAUCAAAGCAAAGAACAGCAAAGCAUCGUCGCUGUGUCAGGGAGCGAUAACUCGAUUGGGAUUUUCAGCCUUGAAUACUCACCCAAGGAAGGCUACGGGCAAUUCCAGCCCUACACGGUCCUGAAGGAUGUGCACCCGUUUUCCAUGACGAAGAUCUCCUUCUCAACGUUUGUUCCUCCAACCUACCCCAUCUCCGCCCAAGUUCCGCCGCAAUAUGUCAAGCUCGCAUCCGUCAGCAUGGGGAACACUGUUGUUGUCCACACCUUCCCACUGGGACCCUACCCGCCCGUGAAUCGCACUCCGCGUUACGUUCUGGCCAUGCCAGUAAGGUCAGAUUUCUGGAUGACAGUCUACAGUGUCUUCGUGACAAUCCUCUUCAUCAUUGCGGGCCUGGUAAUUGCUCAAGGAAUUGCAGAGUAUCGAGGCAUCCAGCGACCUUACAUCCUAACCACAGACUGGGUGCCAUCGCCAAUCCGUGAGAUCGUCGCUCCUCGCUUAUCCCUACCGGGGUAUGACGGUGUGGCUCGAACUGGAUCCACCCGGGUCGAAAGUAUUCCAUCCGCUGCUAUUCACACAAUACAAUUCCCGAAACAAAAGCAACUAUCGUUAUCCUCCCUGCUGGACAUAGCCCAGUCUCGGAAAGCCGCUGGUACCGCCGAUUUCCCAUCUGACAGCAAGGACAAGGAUACAGCCCGGUCCUCCGUCGUUGUGCGCUAUAACGGUGCCGAUAUUGAGGUCUCCCUUCGGCCCAUUUCUAGCCCUUCGUCCGGCCUUGAGCAUCUCCGCCGUUGGAACCAGUUAAGCAAAGAAGAGCACUCGCUCUGGAAACAGCGAUUGCUAGACGCGGGUUAUUGGGCUGCCGAGGAAGGUGAGACGAUUCUCCAAGGCGUCCUCUUUGGAGAACUUAAUGGUUUUAUUGAAAAUUCUGUGCGGGAAAGCUUGCAAUGA